CAAAAAUACUAGCAAUUCCCUGCUGAGAAUGAAUCAAUGCAAUGACGAUCAAUUUGGGCCCGGGAUAACAGGUGGUUGUCGCUCCAACUUCGAUUUUACACUAUUAUUUGAACAGAGUAUUCUUUCCUUGCUUCCAUCAACCAUCUUGAUUCUGGUGUUUCCAGGUCGACUUGCCCACCUUGUGCGGCAGGACAUCAAAACAGCGCCUGGCAUCCGCAUCUACAAGAGAGUGAUUACUUAUGUCAUAUUCGCCGCUUUGCAAAUAACACUACUGGCCGAAUGGGCUUCCGCCGCCACACCCCAUAGCCGCAUGACCAUUCCAGCAGCUUCGCUCGCGGUCGUUGACGCUCUAAUCAUCAUGAUCCUGUCAGUCUUCGAGUAUCAACGGUCUUUUCGACCCUCUACAAUCCUGAGCGUCUAUCUACUGUUUAGUAUGAUGUUUGACGCCGUUCAGCUACGAACUAUUUGGCUACUGAAAAGUCAUUCAGCUUUGUCUGCCAUUGCGACAGCCAGCCUGGCCACCAAGCUCUUCCUGUUGGUACAAGAAGCCCAGAACAAGCGCAAGGUCCUGCGGGAGCCCUACCGGAGUUUGUCGCCUGAGUCCGUCGCUGGCGUGCUGAACCGUAGCUGCUUCCUGUGGUUGAACCCUCUACUAUGGCAAGGUUUUCGCGCCCUGCUAUCUGCCCAAGACGUGUUUCGGGUGGACUACGACCUGUCUUCGGCCCUUUUGAAGCAAAGAUUCAUUCAGAACUGGUACACAUCGAGAUCUGGCGCUCAUCCCAGGCUGCUUCUCUCGGUCGCUCAGUCUCUGCAGCAACCAAUCCUUGCUGCGGCUAUUCCCCGGCUAUUUCAAAGUGCCUUUACUUGGUGUCAGCCCUUUCUCAUCUUUCGCGUCAUCAGCUACGUGAAUAAUGACGAAGAGAAGAAUCCCAGAUACGGCUAUGGAUUAAUUGGUGCAACUGCCCUGAUUUAUGCUGGGGUCGCGUUCAGUAAUGCCAUAUACAAGCACAAGACGUUCCGGAUGAUUACUAUGAUUCGCGGCGGCCUGAUAUCGCUCCUCUACGAUAAGACUUUGAAGCUGAACGUUGAAAGCAUCACGGAUUCAGCGGCCAUCACGCUCAUGACAACAGAUAUAGAUGGCAUUGCAACCAACUGGGUCAACGUGCAUGAGAUAUGGGCAUCGCCUCUUGAUGUAGGGAUUGGGAUAUACCUACUGAAGCGGAAGUUAGGCGUCGCUUGUGUGGCGCCUGUGGCGCUAGCUCUUAUCUCUACCUUCGGAAGCGCCCAGAUUGCAAAAAUGAUGCGGGGACGGCAGGGUUAUUGGCUCGGGGCAGUACAAAAGCGCGUCAGCCUCACAUCAUCCCUCUUGACCAAUAUGAGGGGGCUCAAAAUGAUGGCCAUGGCAUCUUUUCUCGGCCAGAAAAUCCGGGAGUUACGGUCGAUAGAAAUCGCUAAGGCGAAGGCCUACUUACGAAUCGAGUGCUUCAUGAAUAUGUGCGCGAACAUGUCGGCGCUUCUCUCCCCCGUUAUAACACUUCUGAUCUAUGCUUUUGUGACGAUGAACCCUGGGUCCAAUCAGCUGACGAGCUCCUUGGUAUAUUACACUCUCACCAUCGUCUCCUUAAUGUCGUCCCCAUUGGGCCUGGCAUUGAAUGCGGUUCCAACGUUCCUAGCUUCCCUGGCAUGCUUCACAAGAAUCCAGAAGUAUUUAUUGUUGGAAGAGAAACAAGACUAUCGGGAUGUUAAGCCCUGUCAUCAAGUUCGAACUUGCGUUGUCUCUCGCACGCUGAACUCAAAAUCCCCUGAUACCGAAGAGAUUGAACUUUCUGGACGUAAUGUCGGCGAACAGAUGGACAGCCCAUGGUUUUCGAUUGUGGAUGGCUCUUUCGGAUACUAUCAAGAGGGAAAGGCCGUGCUAACCGAUGUUUGCUGGGACUGCCAUCCUCAUUCCAUUACGAUGGUUCUUGGACCAGUCGGAUCGGGCAAAACAACGCUCCUCAAGGCCAUAAUGGGCGAGGUCAAAUGUCUUAAAGGUUCCGUCGUCAUAUCCGAAUCAGCCAUUGCAUAUUGUAGUCAAGAUGUUUGGCUGCAGGACCAUUCUUUGCGUGACAAUAUCCUCGGAGGGCGUACCUUUGAGUGCGAAUUUUACCACAGAGUGCUCCACGCAACCUGCUUAGAUUCAGAGAUUGCAAAACUUCCUCAUGGGGAUCAGACGAAGUUAGGAUCAAAAGCAGUCCGCCUUUCUGGUGGCCAAAGCCAACGGGUUGCUGUUGCGCGGGCAAUCUAUGCACGCGAACCAUUGCUUCUCCUAGAUGACUCCUUCAGUGGUCUGGAUAACACGUCUCAGGCCUUGGUCCACGACCGUCUUCUCGGCCCGAGAGGGCUUUUGCGGGAGCUUAGGUGUACCGUCGUCCUAGCCACACACAACACGCGUUACAUUAACUAUGCGGAUGCGGUUCUCAUCGUUGAGAAAGAUGGCUCCACUCACUUAGAAAAACCGUCAGGCAUGAGACUUGAAAGUGACAGCUCUUCUCUAGGCAACUCUCCACAUAAGCCAGGAGAGGAGAUCCAGGCCAGCAGAUGUCAACCGAUGUCUGAAAACAGCACACAGCCCUUAUCGAGUACAUCCAAGCCCCUUGCGAAGGACAUAGCUCGACAAAAGGGCGACCUUUCUAUCUAUGCGUAUUAUAUGAAGAGUGUCGGUACUUAUAACCUGCUCGUUUAUUUGUUGCUGAACUGUCUCUAUGUGUUCUGUACUCGUUUCGGGCAAGUCUGGGCAGGGUUUUGGGUCAAUGCGGCCGAAAAGAAUCCGAGUCGAAACAGUCAUGUCCAUGCUGUAUACGGCGGAUCUUACGUGGGGAUCAUGACCAGUGCCAUGCUCUUGUACGGGGCCGUUCUCUUCUUCAUGUUUCAAGUGAUCGUCCCGCGAUCGGCUCAAUGGCUUCACUCGAAACUUCUCAGAGCGGCGAUUCAAGCGCCCUACAGCUUCCAUGCUGCCACCGAUAUCGGAAGCACUCUCAAUCGAUUCAGUCAAGAUAUCACUCUGAUUGAUGUUGAUCUUCCGUCGGCCGCAGUUGAGUUCUUUCUGGACUGUUUCACAUGCCUAGGCCAGGCAAUUCUUAUUUGUACCGGAGUGCGAUACAUCGCAGCAUUCUUGCCCGCAGUGAUGUUGGCGACCUACUUGAUUCAAAAGCUAUAUCUGAGAACAUCCCGGCAGAUCCGCUAUCUAGACUUAGAGGCCAAAGCACCGUUGUUCAGUCAGCUGCUGGAUACGUACAGUGGGCUUCUCACGAUCCGGGCGCAUGGGUGGGAGGACCGAUUCCAAAAGGAGAAUAUCGUCCUACUAGACGAGUCCCAACGCCCCUUCUACGCUUUAUACUGUAUUCAGCGUUGGUUGACCUUUACGCUGUCUCUAUUAGUCGUUGUAGUAGCAGUUGUCCUAGUGACAUUUGGGACACAGAUCAAAAGUAUCACGUCUGGGAAUGCAAUAGGCACUGCACUAAUCAACGUCAUCAAUUUCGCUCAGACACUGAGUUUGCUCAUUACAGCCUACACCACACUUGAAACCUCAAUAGGAGCUGUUGCAAGAAUCAAGGACUUUGUCACAGAUGUAAGACUGGAGGAUGACCUCAUACAAGACGAUCACAAUCCGCAGCUUCAUUCGCCUUCCCUAGGCUCCGGACGAAUCGAGUUUAAGUGCACCACCGCAUCCUACAGACCCAUGUCUAAACCCGUACUAGACCACAUCACAUUCUCAGUCGAGCCAGGUAUGAGAGUAGCUAUCUGUGGCCGGUCAGGCAGUGGAAAAUCCUCAUUGAUCCUUGCCUUGCUCAAAAUGCUCCCAGUGCAUCACGAAGAGGGCACUAUCCUAAUCGAUGGGAUGGACAUCAAUACCUUAUCGUCUACGACAGUCCGCUCCCUCUUCAACACCAUCCCACAGACUCCGGUUCUCUUCCCAGGUAGUAUUCGUGACAACCUGGACCCUUCCUCUGUCUGCUCAGAUACCGAGCUCCGAGACGUCCUCCAAGCUCUCGACCUGUGGACGAUUGUGACAGCGAGGGCGGGCGGGUUGAAUGCCGAUAUUGAAACCGCGCCACUUAGUCAGGGCCAGAAGCAGCUACUGUGUGUGGGACGCAGCUUCCUCACCAACGGAGACCGGCGUAUCCUUCUUCUCGACGAGAGCACGAGCAGCCUCGAUGCCGAAACAGAGGCGGUUAUGAUGCGCUUCUUGACGGAGCGGUUCGGGCCGCAGCACACGAUCUUGGCGGUGACGCAUCGGCUGAAUACAGUGAGCGCGUAUGAUCGCAUCGCUGUCCUGGAGGGAGGCCAAUUAGUGGAAUGGGGCGAACCGCGAUCACUCCGAGAGCGUGAGGGUGGGUAUUUCCGUUCGCUCUGGGAACACGCGCAGGAGCACAGACUCUCCCCGGGGGUGUUAUCUGGACCUAGCUCGGAGUAGAUACUAUUCUUUCUACUCUUGCUAAACUGUAGUGCAGUUCAAUAUCGUGGUGGACUAUUUCAAGUUGCUAAAACCAUAGGUAGAGGUGGAUAGAAGGUAGAACAACCGCUACCAGACACCCCCAAGCACACUUCACGAGAGGAUGAUGCUCCGAAUCUGGGUUUUUCAAAAGCCCCGGGAACUUCUGGUAAACCCAAGUGGCACUGGAUAGCGCUCGUAUGACCAGAGUGAGAUGCAAGCAUCCGCACCAGAUUCUUCCCAGGUGAUAA